AUGUCGAAGCUCACGCUCACCCUCGGCAGCACCAUCAGGCUCUCGUCCGGGUACGAGCUGCCUGUCGUCGGCCUUGGUGUCUACCAAAACGACGACUGUAGUCCGGCGUGUCUCGCUGCGCUGAAGCAUGGAUACAGACACAUCGACUCCGCGCGAAUGUACAAGAAUGAGGAGGAGGUUGGAAAGUCGGUGAGGGAGAGCGGCAUCGCUCGCGGGGAUGUCUUUGUCACAUCAAAGGUCAACAACCCCGAGCACGGGUACGAGACCGCGCUCGCGGCGGUUGACGACUCUCUCAACAAGUUCGGCUUUGAGUACAUCGACCUCAUGCUCAUCCACUCGCCACUGUCCGACAAGGAGCGCCGCCUACAGACGUGGAAGGGGCUCAUCGAGGCGAAAAAGCAGGGCAAGGUCCGGACGAUCGGGGUGUCCAACUAUGGACCUAAGCAUCUCGAAGAAAUUCGCGAAGCUGGGCUCGAGACGCCCUCUGUAAACCAAGUUGAGCUGCACCCGCUCUGCCAACAGAAGGAGAUCGUGGAGUACUGCACCAAACACGGUAUCAUCGUCGAGGCUUACUCCCCCCUGAUUCGCGGCAAGUGGACCGACAAGAUCGUCGAAAUUGCAAAGAAGUAUGACAAAGAUCCCGCGCAGCUUCUUAUACGCUGGUCCUUGCAGCGCAAGUUUGUGCCACUACCGAAGUCAUCGCAGCCAGCGCGUGUCAUCUCGAACGCAAACAUCUUCGACUUCGAGAUCAGCGAGGAAGACAUGUCAGCGAUCAACGCGCUGGAUCGCGGAAAGGACGGCGCCGUCACCUGGAACCCCGUCGAUGCCCCGUAG